GUCCACGUCCGGUGAGGGGCGGGACUUCCUUGCUGUUGCUAAGACACACUUGUUUUGCUCCCUGACAACCCUGGCGGGGGCGCGCUAGCUGCGGCCGGGCUGCAGCCCCCGCGGGAGCAGCACCCCCGGGAGGACGUCUUCUGCUCCCAGCAAGCUGGCAGGGCCGCGUCCUGAGCCUCCUGGCUGUGUCCUCACUGCCCGUCCCGGCACCUGAGCCCCCCUCGCCUCCGGUGGUCCCGGUGAAGGAUCAUGGGAGAAGCAGAAGGGAAGAAAGAUGAGGCUGAUUAUAAACGCCUGCAGACCUUCCCUCUGGUCAGGCACUCGGACAUGCCAGAGGAGAUGCGAGUGGAGACCAUGGAGCUGUGUGUCACGGCCUGUGAGAAAUUCUCCAACAACAACGAGAGUGCCGCCAAGAUGAUCAAAGAGACGAUGGACAAGAAGUUUGGCUCCUCCUGGCACGUGGUGAUCGGCGAGGGCUUCGGGUUCGAGAUCACGCACGAGGUGAAGAACCUCCUGUACCUGUACUUCGGGGGGACGCUGGCCGUAUGCGUCUGGAAGUGCUCCUGACCCUGCCCCUCCCCACCCCGCCUCCGGACAGGGCGCAGCCCCAGGCAGGGCCCAGCUUUCUGAGGGCGAACCCGGCUCUGUCCGUUGUCCGUGUCCCCGUGUCCUGAGCCAGGCCCCGUGUGUGAACUGUCCCCAGGCUCCCAGCCCUCCCUCUGAGGCCCGGGGUGUGAGGGCAGCAGCCGUGGUCUCCGUGCAGGAGGCCCGGCCAUGUGACAGGUGGGGGGUGGGGGGGGAGGUAGGCUUCUCCCUCGGGGACAUGCCAGCCUCACAUCUCCCGGGCUACCCCCUGGCAUUCCGAGCCUCGUGUCUUCCACCCAUGGCUGCUGGCACAUGACCCCUGCUCUUGUCGUUACGUAUGCAAAUGGCCCCAGGAAGGAGCCUCCCUUCCAGGGCCACCGGCAGCUUCUCUCCUCGUCCUCCAUCCUCCAGGGAAGUGGGACUCCCCAGAAACCCCUUCCCCCCUCCCCCGAGCUGACCCCCGGAUGAGUGACCACUGCAUCUCAUGCAGCCCCAGUUACGGCCUGCUGACCAAGCAGCCUUCCCCACCCCCACCCCCACCCCCAGCCUCCCCCCAGCCACCAAGCUUCGUCAACCCUUUCCACUCCCCCGGCCGCAGCUGGGAGCCCGUGGCGAGGGUGUGGGUUUCUGAGUGUCACUGAGCCUCCGGGCCCUGGGCCAGGAGUGCCCUCCCCGAGGCCGUCUCAGCAGGGAACCUGGCCUGCCAGUUACUCUCAUCAGGGACCGCAUGCUGAUUUGUACUUCUCUCUGCUGGGUUUUCUAGAUUCUUUUUGAGUGUGGGGAGAGUGUUUUGGUAGAAGGAUGAAUCCUAUUUUACAUAGCGGUCUUAUUUAUACAAAUGUCUUGGUUUUUACAAUUAAAAUGGCCAGAAAC